CUUUUCGGCAUCAUUGAGAACCAUGUGAAUUAUCCGGAUAAAUGCCUCCAAUCAGCGGACCGCACGUGGGGUGAACAAAUCAGAACAGAAUCAAUCUGAGUAUAACUAGCAAGCGACGAGGAUCAUGGCCAUGCCCGGGAAAUGUAAAGGCUGCGCCUUAAUGCUAAUCAUCACAAUUAUGACAAGUACCAGUGUAACAAGAACAUGGUCAUUGGAGGCCCAGCACUUGCCUCAAGCAAUCAGGAAUCGGCAGGGCAUUAAGUCAUCACCCAAGUCCAGAAACACCAGCGUCAACGAUUUGCUGCCAGUGAUUUCAUCGCCCGAAGCGUCGAUUGAAAGCGAUUACGUCUACAUUGCCUCUCUUGUCCGGAACAGUAACCACUUUGCUCAUUUCAACAAUGCCGUGGAGGAGGAGCAGGAGCCAGAAGAGCACCCAAUAGACGAGACAACCUAUCCGCCACCAAUUUUUGACUUUGGUAUGCCCAGGAAUAUAACGGCCCGAACGGGUCACACGGCGGCCAUCAAUUGCCGAGUGGACCAUCUGGGCGAUAAGUCGGUAUCCUGGAUAAGGAAACGCGAUUUACACAUCCUGACUGCAGGCGUUUUGACCUACACCUCCGACGAACGUUUCAAGGUUGUACGCACCGCCGACUCCAAGGACUGGACAUUGCAUGUGAAAUACGCUCAGCCACGUGACAGCGGCAUCUACGAGUGCCAAGUGAACACGGAGCCAAAGAUUUCGAUGGCAUUCCGCCUGAAUGUCAUAGUGACGCCGCCAGAUGCCAAAGCGAUUAUUGCUGGUCCGACGGACUUGUACGUCAAAGUGGGCAGCGUCAUAACGCUCACAUGCCUGGUAAAACAGCCGACGACAUCGGCACAGGACAUUGGCCCCAUCUACUGGUAUCGCGGCCCAUACAUAUUAACGCCGUUUGUUGCCCAUCCCAAUGAGGCGGCCAUUGAUUUGCAGCGUAUCUCCAUGGAAUCAACUCUGACAGAGAAGCUACAGAGCAGAUUACGCAUUGCCAAUGCACAGCUGCUUGACACGGGCAAUUAUACGUGCCUGCCGACCACGGCGGAGGCGGCCAGUGUGCUGGUCAAUGUCAUCAAUGAUGAAAGCCCCGCGGCGAUGCAGAAGAGUAAAGGUGUCCGAGUGGCCAGCAGCUGUCGGAGCACUCGAAUGGCUCUCGUCAUGGCGUUGGUUGCCAGUUCAGUUGUGCGAUGGCUACUCUCCUGCAGCUGCUCCAACGCCUCCUCGAAUGUAUCAUCUCUGCAUAUCAACUACUGGCACCCGCAAGCAAUCAGACUCAGCCGAAGGGGGGAGCGGCAACAGCUACGGGUAGACGUAGACCUAAGGGAAACUUUGUCUGAAUCGUGAUAAGUAAUUACGUGUGUGGAUACUUGAAUAUAUUGUACAUAGGACUAUUUAAUAGCUAAGGAUGAACAUCAAAAUACGAUCCAGAACAUCAAAUAUAAAGAAACCAUUUCGUAAUCUGUGUGUAAUGUAUAUUCAAUCAACCAGUAAAUACUUUCAUCAAUACAUUACAUACAAUCACUUUAAAUAUAGACAUAGUAAUAAUUUUAGAUUUUGUUUCUAUGAAAACGACUGCUAAU